AUGUCCCGGGCCGUUUUGCGGGCGCACAAAAAUGCCCAUUGGCGGCCGAAUGUCCUCGACCAGUUCCGUGGGAGCUUUGGGCGCUCGCAAAAAGCGCGCUUCCUCGGGAUACCUAGGGAGCUAUUUACCAAGUUUUACUUCCUCCCGAUGAGCCCAGCGGUAAUGCGUGCUUCAGUACGGACCCCUGAAACAUUAGUGACAUCUCAUCGCGAUUGUAUGGACGAGCGAAUUGAAUGGACGCUACCGCCGGGGCGGCACCUGCGGUGGUCGCCGCCGUCGCGCAAAAAGCCGCCGCGGCAAAGCAACGUGGCCGCCGCGUUCCCGAAU